AUGGUAAGGACAAUUAAGAGGAUCGUACCAGCAGCGAAUCCUAUUCAUGAGUACGAUGCCAAGCUGCUCCUCGCCUACUGGCUAGAGCGUGCCCCGGCCGUGUCCAAGACUGCAACCGUUUCCUCAGACUUUGUCUAUCCGUCUCCAAAGGUUGCUCAGAUCUCGUGGGAUCCAGAGACUGGUGCCAUCACGCCCGACACCCAGCUUCCUUCUUGGGUCUUCACCUCCAAGCUCGUAGCAAAGCCGGAUCAGCUCAUCAAGCGCCGUGGAAAGAGCGGUCUUCUCCUCCUCAACAAAGACUGGGAACAGGCCAAGCAAUGGAUCGCUGAACGAGCCGGCAAGGAGGUUCAGGUCGAGUCGACAAAGGGAACGCUUAAAAACUUUAUUGUAGAGCCUUUCCUCCCACAUCCAUCCAACACAGAGUACUAUGUCUGCAUUAAUUCCGCUCGCGAGGGCGACUACAUCCUCUUCACACAUGAAGGUGGCAUCGAAGUUGGAGAUGUCGAUGCGAAGGCUCUCAAACUCUUGAUUGCCGUCAACCAGCCCUUCCCAAGCCGCGAGGAAAUAAAAUCGUGCUUGCUCGCCAAUGUCCCGGCGGAGAAACAGGACACACUUGUCGACUUUUUGACACGGCUCUACUCGGUCUAUGUCGAUUUGCACUUUGCAUACCUUGAGAUCAACCCUCUUGUGUGCCUCGACGGUGUCGACGGAAAGCCUCCGACGAUCCACUACCUCGAUAUGGCUGCCAAGCUCGAUCAGACCGCCGACUUUAUUUGCGGUCCCAAAUGGGCCAUUGCUCGUGACUUGACUGUCUACGAUCAGGCCGCUACGACCGCAGCAAAGAAGGGCGGUGUCAGUGCAGACCGCGGACCACCAAUGGUGUGGCCUGCACCAUUCGGUCGUGACUUGACCAAAGAAGAGGCCUACAUUCAAAAACUCGACGGCUCUACCGGCGCCUCGCUCAAGUUGACCGUCCUCAAUGCCGAAGGUCGCAUUUGGACCAUGGUUGCCGGUGGAGGUGCUUCCGUCGUCUAUUCGGACGCUAUUGCUGCUCACGGCUUUGCUCACGAGCUUGCAAACUAUGGCGAGUACUCUGGUGCUCCCACCGAAGGUCAAACCUACGAAUAUGCAAAGACUCUCAUUGAUUUGAUGACUCGUGGCACUCCUCACCCUGACGGCAAGAUCCUCAUCAUUGGUGGUGGUAUCGCCAACUUUACCAACGUUGCCGCUACCUUCAAGGGCAUCAUCCGCGCCUUGACCCAGUACAAGGCACCUCUCAUCAACCACAAGGUCCGCAUUUUUGUGCGCCGUGGUGGUCCAAACUAUCAAGAAGGUCUCAAGGCCAUGCGCCUCCUCGGAGAGUCCCUUGGCGUCCCGAUCAAGGUCUAUGGUCCCGAGACACACAUCACCGACAUUGUUCCUCUCGCUCUCGGCAUCACCAAGCCUAAGCGACCAUCCAACGGCACUUACUCUGUCGUCCAAUCGACCCCCGGUACCCCACCACCAGCCAUCCGUGGCUCCAUCGAGGAGCCAGAGGCAGUCGGUAUUGUUGGUCCUCAUGGCCAACGCAUCCAGCCAAACGACCAGAUUGUCCACUUUGAGACCACAUCGUCGACUCGCCCGGCCUACAGACCAUUUGAUGCGCAAACGCGCUCGUUUGUCUAUGGUCUUCAGCCUCGUGCUAUCCAAGGCAUGCUCGACUUUGACUACAGCUGCGGUCGUGAUACGCCAUCUGUAGCGGCCAUGAUCUAUCCGUUUGGUGGUCACCAUAUCCAAAAGUUCUACUGGGGAACCAAGGAGACUCUCCUCCCGGUCUACACGUCGGUGGAGGAAGCUGUCAAGAAGCACCCAGAGGUUGACUGUAUCGUCAACUUUGCCUCGUCACGUUCCGUCUACUCUUCGACUUUGGACGUCCUGCGCUUCCCUCAGAUCAGGAGCAUCGCUCUUAUUGCCGAGGGUGUGCCCGAGCGUCAUGCUCGUGAGAUUCUUCAUCUCGCAAAGGACAAGGGUGUCCUCAUCAUUGGUCCCGCAACUGUUGGUGGAAUCAAGCCUGGCUGCUUCCGUAUCGGUAACUCUGGAGGUAUGAUGGACAACAUUAUCGCCUCGAAGCUCUACAGGCCCGGUUCAGUCGGAUACGUCUCCAAGUCUGGAGGCAUGUCCAACGAACUCAACAACAUUCUCUCGCUCGUGACCAAUGGUACCUACGAGGGUAUUGCCAUCGGUGGUGAUCGCUAUCCUGGAUCAACUUUCAUCGAUCACCUCCUGCGCUACGAGGCAGACCCAGACUGCAAGAUGCUCGUCCUCUUGGGUGAGGUCGGCGGUAUCGAGGAGUACCGAGUCAUCGAAGCUGUCAAGACUGGCCAGAUCAAGAAGCCCAUUGUCGCAUGGGCGAUUGGUACUUGCGCAAAGAUGUUCACCACCGAGGUUCAAUUUGGUCACGCCGGCUCCAUGGCCAACUCUGAUCUUGAGACGGCCGACGCAAAGAAUGCUGCCAUGAAGGCCGCGGGCUUCAUCGUCCCAGACACCUUUGAGGACCUCCCAACCGCGUUGAAGGAGACAUACGAGUCGCUCGUACAAGCUGGUACCAUUGUACCCAAGCCCGAGCGGGAGCCACCCGUCAUUCCAAUGGACUACAAGUGGGCUCAGGAGCUCGGCAUGAUCCGCAAGCCAGCUGCAUUCAUCUCGACUAUUUCCGACGAACGUGGUCAGGAGCUCAUGUACGCCGGUAUGCCCAUUUCGGAUGUCUUCCGAGAGGACAUUGGUCUCGGCGGUGUCGUCAGCUUGCUCUGGUUCAAGCGCCGUCUCCCACCGUGGGCAUCCAAGUUCAUUGAGAUGGUCCUCAUGCUCACUGCCGAUCACGGACCUGCCGUGUCUGGCGCGAUGAACACUAUCGUCGCCACGCGUGCCGGCAAAGAUUUGAUCUCUUCGUUGGCAUCGGGUCUCUUGACCAUUGGUAGCCGCUUCGGUGGUGCCCUUGAUGAGGCUGCGACAAUGUUCUCCAAUGCCCGUGACGUCGGAUUGACGCCUCGCGAGUUUGUGGACGAGUCGCGAAAAGCCAACAAGCUUAUCAGCGGUAUCGGUCACAAGAUUAAGAGCGUCAAUAACCCAGAUCAACGUGUCGAGCUCGUCAAGGCGUACGUUCGCAAACACUUCCCCAGCCACUCGCUGCUCGACUACGCUUUGGCUGUCGAGAAGGUAACGACGGCGAAGAAGGAUACGCUCAUCCUCAACGUCGAUGGGUGCAUCGCCGUCUGCUUUGUCGACUUGCUCCGCGACAGUGGCGCUUUUACUCGUGAGGAAGCUGACGAGUACAUUAAGAUUGGAACCCUCAACGGCCUCUUCGUUCUCGGCCGUAGCAUCGGUUUCAUUGGCCACCAUCUCGACCAAAAGAGACUGCGUGCACCUCUCUACCGCCAUCCGGCCGAUGAUAUCUUCAUCUCCAUGAAGGAUGUGAUGGAGCCUCGUGUUAUCGCAAAGGUUCAAUAA